CCUUAACAUCUACGCACCUGCCCACGCAGACUCUGACUCCAAGCUCCCCGUCAUGGUGUGGCUUCCUGGGGGCGCCUUCAAGACUGGCUCAGCCUCCAUCUUCGACGGCUCUGCCCUGGCUGCCUACGAGGACCUUCUGGUUGUGACUAUCCAGUACCGGCUGGGAAUAUUUGGCUUCUUUAACACAGGGAACAAGCAUGCUCGGGGGAACUGGGCCUUCCUGGACCAGGUGGCUGCCCUUACCUGGGUCCAGAAGAACAUCGAGGUCUUUGGUGGGGACCCCCUCUCCGUGACCAUCUUCGGCGAGUCAGCGGGAGCCAUCAGUGUUUCCGGCCUUCUCCUGUCCCCACUGACCACUGGCUUAUUCCACAGAGCCAUCAUGCAGAGUGGGGUGGCCAUCAUCCCUUACCUGAAGACCGCUGAAGACGAGAGGAGUAAGGAUUUGCAGGUGAUUGCAGAAGCCUGUGGUUUCAAGGCCUGGGACUCCCCAGCCCUGCUGCGGUGCCUGAGGGCAAAAUCAUCCAAGGAGUUGCUGGACUUUGGCCAGAAAACCAAGUCUUUCACUCGAGUGGUUGAUGGUGUUUUCUUUCCUGAGGAGCCUCUAGAUCUAUUGACUCAGAAACAAUUCCACCCAGUUCCUUCUAUCAUCGGAGUCAACAGCCACGAGUGUGGCUUCCUGCUGCCCGUGAAGGAAUUUCCCGAGAUCCUCAAGGGCUCCAACAAGUCUGUGACCAUGCACUUGACACGCACCAUCCUGAACAUCCCCGCCCAGUAUUUGUACCUGGUGGCUCGAGAAUACUUCCACAACCAGCAGUCCCCGCUUGAAAUACGGAAUUCUUUCCUGGACUUGCUUGGAGACGUGUUCUUUGUGGUCCCCGCUCUGGUCACAGCUCAGAGUCACAGAGCUGGCGGUGGUCCUGUCUAUUUCUAUGAGUUUCAGCACCGACCCGAGUGUUUCCAGAACUCAAAGCCAGCUUUCGUCAAAGCUGAUCACACUGACGAAAUCCGAUUCGUCUUCGGAGGUGCCUUCCUGAAGGGUGACAUUGUCAUGUUUGAAGGAGCCACCAAGGAGGAGAAGCUGCUGAGCAGGGCCAUGAUGAGCUACUGGGCUAACUUUGCGCGGACAGGGGACCCUAACGGGAAAGGCCUACCUGGGUGGCCCAGCUACAACGACAGAGAACAGUACUUGCAGCUGAACUUGAACAUGAGCGUGGGAGAGAGACUCCGAGAGUCCAAGGACACUCAUCCAAAGCACCUGUCGUGGACACCGUGCAGGGCAAAGUCCUGGGGAAGUAUGUCCCCCUGAAAGGAUUCCAGAAGCCUGUGGCCGUCUUCCUGGGUGUCCCUUUUGCCAAGCCGCCUCUCGGACCCCUGAGGU